CAUGCAGAGGCCUGACUCCAGCUCUGUUCACCUGAGUGAAUGGCAAAAGAAUGUGUUUACUCUUAAUUCUGGCACCUGCUCCCCAGAACAGAAGGCAGAUGUGUAUCGAGCACAUAUCUCACAAAUUCAGUAUGCAUGGGCAAACUCUGAGAUCUCUGAAGAAUCGGCUGUCCACCUGUUCAAGAAGUAUGCUGAAAGGUAUGCGGCCAUCAUUGACUCCGACAAGGAGGGGACUGGCCUAAAUAACUAUGCAGAUAGCAUAAUGGCCUUGGCCAGAUGUCCUCGGAAUGACAGUAACAAAUGGCAGUCCUCACUGACUCCCAGCAAUGUUUUAAAAUUAAAAAGUGUGCAGGACAUGUUUAAUACAGCAAAGGCAUGUCAGGAGUCUCUGCUGACUUCAUCGGAGAUUGUUUUGAAGGGGGUCAGCACCUCUGGUAAUUCAGUGGUUGCGAAUAAUGUCCUCAGCAAUUCAGAGCAGAAAGAAGCUAAACAUCCCUUGUUGAAUUACAAGAUUCCGCAAGUAAGCUCAAACUUUGUUCAGAAUUCAAAAGCUGCAACACUAAUGAAUGCCAGUGAGUGUACAUCUGCUAGUUUCUUACAACCUGCUGUACACAGCACUAAAACUCUUUUGACAAAACCUCUUUUUGGGGACAGUGAAACAAGAGGUUCUACAAAAUCAGAUGCCAUGGCUGAACAAAGUACAUUUUCUUUCUGUACUUCUACAAAUUCAGCAAAGAGGAAAAAAGUUCUUUCAUCCGGCGAUGAAAAUGUGGAGACCGAAAACAGUAAUCCAGGUCAGAAACAGCCAUUAGGCGCACAUGCACCUGCAGCCGAUGAAAUUGGCUUUAAAACUGCAAAAGAACAGUUGUGGGUUGAUCAACAGAAAAAGUAUAACAGUCAGGCCCAGCGCCACGCUGGACCUGGAAUAUAUGGCACUGUUAAGAAGUCCCUUGGUGCUGUUCGUUCUCGUGGACUAUAUGGAAAGUUUAUACCUCCAAUUGCUAGGCAAGAUGAAGGUGAUGAGAACUUAGCAGUACAGAAAAAAUCUUAUGGAGCUAGUGGCAAUGAGACCAAUGCACCGUCUGAUGAGCGUUUAAAAAACAUUGAACCAAAGAUGAUUGAACUAAUCAUGAGUGAGAUUAUGGAUCAUGGGCCUCCAUUGAAUUGGGAUGACAUUGCAGGUUUGGAAUUUGCCAAAACCACCAUAAAAGAAAUUGUUGUGUGGCCAAUGCUAAGACCAGAUAUUUUCACUGGUCUUCGAGGGCCUCCAAAAGGCAUUCUACUAUUUGGGCCGCCUGGAACAGGAAAAACUCUGAUAGGCAAGUGUAUAGCUUGUCAGUCUGGUGCCACAUUUUUUAGCAUUAGUGCUUCAUCACUGACUUCCAAAUGGGUGGGCGAAGGAGAAAAGAUGGUCCGUGCUCUUUUUACUGUGGCACGUUGUCACCAGCCUGCUGUGAUCUUUAUAGAUGAAAUAGACUCUCUUUUAUCUCAGCGGGGUGAAAGUGAGCAUGAAUCUUCACGGAGGAUUAAAACAGAGUUCUUAGUGCAGCUAGAUGGUGCAACAACUUCCUCGGAAGACCGUAUCCUUGUAGUUGGUGCAACUAAUAGGCCUCAGGAAAUAGAUGAAGCUGCCAGAAGACGACUUGUUAAGAGGCUGUACAUACCUCUUCCAGAGGCAUCUGCCAGAAAACAAAUCGUUGUAAGCCUAAUGUCUCGGGAGCACUGCAGCCUUACUGAGCAAGAAGUGGAGUCAAUAGUCAUACAAGCAGAUGGCUUUUCUGGUGCAGAUAUGACUCAGCUGUGUCGUGAAGCAGCACUUGGUCCUAUUCGCAGCAUUCAGGCGAUGGAUAUUGCCACCAUUACUGCUGAACAAGUCAGACCCAUUUCUUUUAUUGACUUCCAAAAUGCUUUCCAGGUUAUGAAGCCCAGUGUCUCUAAGAAAGAUCUGGAAUUAUAUGAAAACUGGAACAAAACGUUUGGCUGUGGAAGAUAAAAUGUUUCCAAGAUAAAGUGCAACUUUUUACUACCCAUAUUUUGUUUGUCCAG